AUGGAUUACGAAAAGGGUGAAGCAAUCACACCUAUGCCUUCGAACACCAAAGUCGCCGGUGAAGUCUACGCAGCAGAUGGGCAAGAAGAUGCUGUCUUUGGCGAAAUCGUUGAUACUGGUCCAAACUAUCGCAAUGUUGGUUGGCUUGGGACUACAGCUCUUAUGCUGAAGACUCAAAUUGGACUUGGCGUUCUCUCCAUUCCGUCGGUCUUCGAUACUGUUGGCAUGAUACCAGGAGUGAUUCUCUUGAUCACAAUCGCAUCGCUCAAUGCAUGGAGUAACUACAUGGUUGGUGUCUUCAAGAACAAUCAUCGUGAGGUGUAUGGCAUCGAUGAUGCCGGGAGAAUCAUGCUCGGGAACUGGUGUCGUGAAAUUCUCGCAACUGCAUUCGUGCUAUAUGAGAUCUUCGUCGCCGGUGCCGCAAUGCUUGGUGUAUCAAUCGCACUGAACGCUCUCUCCGCACAUGGCGCUUGCACUGCCAUUUUUGUCGCAGUCGCUGCCAUAAUUGGUUUCUGUCUUGCGAGCAUCCGCACACUGGGAAAGAUUAGCUGGCUGGCGUGGAUAGGAGUCACAUGCAUUAUCGUCUCACGUAAGGUCAUCCUGGGCAAGUUGUUAAACGUCACUAACCUGCAUUCGAUAGUGCUCACAUUGACUGUGAGCGUUGGCAUCCAGGAUCGUCCUGCAGCCGCACCGCAAGACGCCGUCUGGGUUUCCGACUACAAACUUGUCGCACAGCCGUCUUUCCGUCAGGCUAUGUCGGCCAUCUCGACUUUAGUCUUCGCCUACGCUGGCACGCCAACCUUCUUUCCAAUCGCCGCUGAGAUGAGAGACCCGAAGAUGUACAAGAGAUCGUUGAUGGCCUGCCAGGUUACGGUGACACUGGUUUAUCUUGUCAUCGGUAUCGUCGUAUACUACUUUUGUGGCUCAUAUGUGGCCUCGCCAGCUCUCGGCAGUGCCGGAGUCCUUCUAAAGAAGAUAUGUUAUGGCAUCGCACUUCCGGGUUUGAUCGUCACAACAGCACUGAUCACUCACAUGCCGGCGAAGUAUGCUUUCGUACGGAUACUCCGUGGCUCUCGACACUUGACACACAACACGAUCGUACAUUGGAGUACCUGGCUGGGCUGCGUCCUCGCCGCGACUAUUAUCGCAUAUGUCAUAGCCAGCGGCAUACCCGUCUUUGGCAGCCUUGUCUCCUUAGUCGGUGCUCUCCUCGGUACAUUCUUGUCAUUUCAGCCGAUGGCAGGGAUGUGGCUCUAUGAUAAUUGGUCUGACGGAAAAGGGAAGAAGAGCAUCCGCUGGAUGGGAAUGGUCGCCUUUUGUGGAUUUAUGCUUGUGAUUGGUACUUUCAUUAUGGUGGCUGGCAGUUACAGCGCGAUUGCACAGAUCAUUGACGACUACAAUGCCACGGGAGGCUCGGCAGCUUGGUCGUGCGCAGAUAAUUCUGGUUCUGCUUAG